AAUAUAAAUGAUAUAACUCUAUGGUACAAUGAAAACAAAUGGAGAUACACACAUAUAUUACAAUAAAACUGUCACAAUCCAAUUUUAGUUAGUUUUAGUUUUGGACGCUUCACACGUUUUAGGCUAAGAAUGAUUCAAUUGCCGAAAAAUAAACCGGAUCCAAAGGAUACCAACGAGCUGUGCAAAUGCCGUCCAGUGUGCAAGAGUCGGAGACGCAAGUGGAAAGGCGAGAUCCAGAACACAUCAGCGGAACUGCUGCUGGAGAGGAAACCAUUACCUCUCUGCUUUAAGAGAUGGCCGACGAAAGUGUUCCCCAACAGUCCGUGCCCGCUGUUCGCGCGGUCGCGACGCCUGCACGUGACGGAGCGCGGGGCGGUGCGCGUGCCGCACGUCGUCAGGAUCUGCCAGGCUCCCAUCGACGAGGACGUUGAUACACCGUACCUGCGGUACGCGCAGAUGGCUAAGGCUAUGGGAGCCCUGGGCGCCAUCCAGGCGUGUUGUGCUUUCUGUGAGUGCGGCGCGUGCUGCCCGUGCGGAGUCAGGGACUACGUGCUGCACGACGCCGAGCGCGCGGCGCGCUGCCGGUCCGACAUGCGCCAGUUCGAUGCCCGCGUCAAGACCGACCACCAGAGCAUGCGCAUCAUGUAUGACAAAAUGUAGCUCCCUCACUGGUUGCAAUUCGUCCAAAAAUCAGCAUCUAUGUGCAAUAAUGAAGCAAUAUCCAACGAUCUCAAAAUUGAUGGAAAAAUUAUGUUGUUGCUUUUGG